UUGCGAGGGACGCUGCGAAGCUACGUCCUCCAGUGGGAGGCCGAGGCGGGGACCCCCUGAGCCCGAAGUGUGGGCGGUCCCGGUUCCAGACGGGGGGCGGGCGGCGCGCCGGUGCGGCGGGCGCGGGACCCGGCAGCCCGCGCGGUGGCCGCCGUCCGGGGCCGGGACCUGCGCCCAGCGCCCUCCGGCUUCGCCGCCGCUUCUCGGUCCCCCGGGAGCCCACCCCUCGCCUAGGCUCCGCGCCCCGGCGUUCCCCUGGCCCCGGGCGGGGAGCGGGGUCCCGGGGUCGGAUGGCGCUGCCCAUCGCCGUUGGCACCGGCGGCGGAGCCCCUGGGCGCCCCGGGUCAGUCCUUGGAAGCGUGAACGCGACGAGGGCGACAUGGUCCCUUCCCUGCAGACGCCGCGGCUUCCUCCCUGUUAGCGAUUCUGGCCUCGCACCCACCUGAUGAAAGGAUGACUUUGGGAAUUUGCGGGGACUCGAACAUCAAGUUGAAAUACGGAAUUGCGUGUUUUAUUCGUCAGGGUCCCGGGCUCUAAGCAUCUCAUAGGCGGGCUGUCCAAGUUCCCGUGCAAGUGAGCGCGCUUUGUGUUUCCUCGCUUUGCAAAUUAGCUGCGUUCGGCUUGGCGUCUCUUUAGGGUGUUGUCGCAUGAAAGAAAUAGGAGCGUCGCAGCGACUCCAGUUCGGUGAAGAGGACUUACUCGUAAAGCAUCGUAAAGACAGUUUUCCCAUGGUGACUGGGAAUGUCCACCAGAAGCAGCAGCCCGGUUCCUGAUGGCUGUUCACGUGCACUGACACAUGGUUUGUGAUGGCCUCCGAGACCGAGAAGGCCCAGGCUUUACUCCAGUCUUGCAGCACUCAGGCUCUUCUUUCCAGCCUCGGUCUGGGGAUAUUCUGCCUCGUAGCUGACAGGCUUCUGCAGUUUUCCAUAAUCCAGCAAAAUAACUGGCUUCGAGCCCUCUCCGAUAAUGCAGUGCAUGGUGUGAUUGGCAUGUGGUCCUGGGCAAUAGUCAUCGGAAUCAAGAAGAAGACUGACUUGAGAGAAAUCUUCCUAGCUGGAUUUUUAGCCUCAGUUAUUGACGUAGACCACUUUUUACUAGCUAGAUCCCUGUCUUUAAAGGCUGCUUUGACUCUUCCACGGAGACCCUUCCUUCACUGUUCUACUGUGAUACCCGCCGUGGUCCUGACCCUCAAGUGCACCAUGCACCUCUUCAAGCUCAAAGACUCCUGGUGCUUCCUUCCCUGGAUGGUCUUCAUAUCCUGGACCUCACACCAUAUCCGAGAUGGCCUUCGGCACGGCUUGUGGAUAUGCCCCUUUGGGAAAACUCCGCCCUUGCCACCCUGGCUCUAUGUAGUAAGCACAGCAUCCUUACCUCACAUCUGUUCCUUGGUCAUGUACUUAACAGGGACCAGACAGGUGAUGUCUUCAAAACAUGGAAUUCAUAUCGAUGUCUGAGGUAACCAUGCAGCAGCCUCAGAGAAGCAAAUGGUUUAGACAGUGAUAAUUAAGGAUGCCCAACAUUAAGGUGAAUUUUAGUAAACAUAUUAGGUACUUAUAUUAAUUAUUAUAAUUCCCAAAUCCUCUUGCUCAGGAGGCAUGUGCAACUUUUUUAAAAUGAUAUGUUUGUUGUAAUCCUGUUUUUCUCUCUGUAACAGUUUCCUGCAGUAUUAGAGUUCCAUUCAUUCCAUUUCUAUUUUUAUUGUUUCUUCUGUGUAUCUGGCUUUACUAAUAGCUUGAUUAGAUUAGCAUCCAGUUACGUUUUCUGGAAGUAGAUUUUUAAGGUAGUUGAUUUCCUGAUGAAAAAUAGUUCAAAUUUUAGGGUGAAUAGUUUGUGGAAGGUUAGCAUGAUGUUUGGAUCCUCAUUUUCCUGAGAUACUGAAACAGCGAAAAGGCCAGAGUUAAUGAGACCGUGAGCUGUACUAGCGUAGUGAGUGCUCACACUUCCUUCUGCCCAUCCGUGUGGACUCCGACGGGAGUGGAAUUGCCAAGUGCUUGGAUCCUCAUUUUCCUGAGAUACUGAAACAGCGAAAAGGCCAGAGUUAAUGAGACCGUGAGCUGUACUAGCGUAGUGAGUGCUCACACUUCCUUCUGCCCAUCCGUGUGGACUCCGACGGGAGUGGAAUUGCCAAGUGCUUUAGUGAGUGGUGGUUACUGGCAGAAUCAGCACCAGUGCAGUUGUGCUGAAAUGAUCAUAACAUUCAUAAAAGGCAAUAACUAACAUUAGAUCUAGGCUUUGUCUCAGAAAUCACUUUAGGGAAUUAUUGCAAUAUGUUGGCUAUAGUAACAUCUUCCUGAAGUAUUAUUAUGUCAGUAUCUUUGCCCAAAAAUCUCAUAUGUUAGGGUUUUAACUGUUUUUGAAAAACAUAACUAAAUUUAACAAAUUAUUUGCUAAGAAUUAACAUGAACAAAGCAUUGCUACUUGGCUCAUAACAUAGAAUUUGAAUUCACGCACAAAAAAGAACUUACCAGUAAUGUCAUUUUGAAUGUGAGCUCCUGGAUGUGCCAUUACAAUUGUUUUAGCUGCUGUCAAUUUGUUUAUGCACUCCUCUAAAAUAUGAUACCAGUUAGACAGUUUUUUAAAAAAUCUGCCCGAUGCUGAGAGACAAAACAGCUUUUCUGAAAAUAAAACUGUUUUAGAAAAUUUGAUUUUUCCUUUUUUUCUUUUAGAUUGAAUGUCUGUUAAAUGGUCAGCCUGUAUUAGAGAAGGGAAUUGGGUUGCUGUGAGUUUGACAUCUGCACAGUGUAAUGUUACUUUGAUAUAAAUGCCAGGGCCCCAGAGGAACCGCUUUUGUUUGCACAUGUGCACCAUCUGCUGUCUUGGUGUUUGCUUACACAUUUUGUGAUUUUUCUUGCUAGUGACUGUGUGCCUUCCUCUCUGAGAAAUGAUGCAGCAAUGCCUUACUGAUCCAGCAGGUUUUUCUCAUUAAGUUAAACAGUUCUGUCAAUUGUUAUCACAGUUCAAGCUCUGUAGUGCAAGCAUGUCAAACUCGCGGCCGUCGGGCCGCAUGACAAAGCAUAUGGCCCACUGGCCGCGAGUUUGAUAUGCUUGCUGUAGUGUUUGUUGUUAAAACCAAUUGACUGCAUUCUAUUAUAUUUUACAAUCUGUUAGACCUUGUAAUCUGUUAUUAUCUUUUGAGAGCAAUUAGUGUGGCAGUUUGGUUGGUUUAAUGGCAAAUAUUAUAUUGUGGGGGUAAACUUGAAUAAGGUCAAGAUUUUUAAAAAGCAUAUGAUUUCAGAAACCGAUGGACAUAAAGCAUAUAUCUUGUACGACUUUUUUUGACUAAAUUAUAAAAUUCUAUUUUUUUUCUUUCUCCGUGUUGGGCAAAGGACUAUCUUUAAAACAUAGGGCCUUACUCACGAAUGUCACCUCGGCCUUUGGGUUGUUCUACCCUCCUAUCAGAAUGGGAGUUCACUUGGACCACGACUCUUUGCUUCUACAGUAACUGCAGAUUUAAGUGUGGGUUAAUCUCUGUUCUUACCUCUGCCAUCAGAAAUGUUUCUUGUCCUGAAAACUGUGGUUGCAACUUCUAGAAAUAUUCACAACCAAAUUCCCAUUCCCAGCUGCCACUGUGUUCCUUUUCUUAGUGAAGGAGUUUGUGUCAGUACAUGAGCUGGAAUGUUGGCUUGUAUCUCGUGUGUGUGUUUUUUCCCCCAGGGUUUCUCCUCCGGACUCAAAUCAUGAAGCCAUAGCCCAUAAGGAGUUUCUUUUUCUAAUCACUGAUUCCCUCUUUUCAUUAUGUGACUCACUGAACACAAAAUUGUACCAUCACAGGACCUCAGAGAAAUCUAGUUAUUAUUUUGCCUUGAUGCAGAUUAGCUUAUAAGUCAUUCCGCAAUGAUGAAUGUUCUUAAUCUUAGGCUCUCCUGAGAAAUGCUGUUUGCCACUUCUCUUCAAAACAGUUACUAUAUUUUUAAUGUCUGUUUCAUGUGACAAAAGACAUACUAUAUUUAAUUCUAGUGGAAUAUGUUAGAAUGUGGUAAGGGGUGGAUUUUGAUUUAGUUUUGUUAUGAAUUUACAGAUAUUAUUUUGUUAUUAGGGUAAUUUUUGCCUCUCAGAGACAUCAAGAAAUGCUUAUUUCUAAUUAUUGCAAGUUAUUAUAACUAUUGUAACUAUGUUAUAGAAAUAAACCUUUAUUUAAAUGUAAACCUCAAAGCACUGAAUCUAAUUAAAAUGUAAGAGAAAACAGCAGGGAGUUGUUUUGAUUCUCAGUUUGGCAAACUUUAGAAAGAUUGAUAACGUUCAGUGUUGGCAGAGUGUAAGCAUAUAAGCAUUGUUGGCAUGACAACAAACUCAUACUUUCUUGCCGAGGGAAUUUGGUAAUGUGUUUUUAAGCCAUUUAACCCAGAAAUUCCAAAUUCCAACUCUAGGAAUUUAUUCUAAAGAACUAAAGAGGUACAUAUACAAAGGAAAAAUACUUUUUUUGGCUGCUUAAAAUGAAAAAAAAACAACAACAACAAAAACCCACACCUAAAAACCACUUGAAAGUCUUUAACUAGAGAGUUAGCACCUAACUGAUGGUACAAGCAGUGGAAUACUAAUGGGUGAAGUAGCCCCCUGAAAUGGUAUGUAAAAUUAUCUUCAUGGAAAAGUAAAAACUAGCAGUGGAACAGUAUGGGUCCAUAUUUGUAAAGUAGGUAUUUUCAUUUUUCUAUUGUAAGUGCAGAGUCCUUGCCCCACUUGACGGCUCAGUGAGCACCAACCUAUGAACCAGGAAGUCACGGUUCGAUUCUGUGGGCUCCAUCCCCAGUAGGGGGUGUGCAGG